AUGAACAAGUACUCUUCACCUGUGCGGCCCCCACUCACAACAACACCGUCUCCACCAACAUCAUACACCACCACCCAACCCCCAACAACCACAACCACAACAACAACCAUUACCACCUCCACCUCCACCACAAAGCGUCGAACAAACGACGCUUCCAGCGAAGACCACCGCCGCAAAACGGCAUUGUUGGACGAAACACUCAUAAACUCCGACCCCGAAUGGCCGCAAUUCCACAGCCCCGAAGGCGGAAUCAUAAAAAUCACCCCCUGGGGAGUCAUCCGCCAGAGUAUAGAUCCACACACGGGCGAAAUUCUCCUGACGAAAUUCGAAGAUUCGACAUUGAGCGAGCUCCAAUUCACCAACGCCAAGACUGAAGCCUUGUACUCGAUGCCGCCACUGACUCCCGAGUCGAUCGAGUUGCAUCACCAGCCGAGCAUAAGCUCGCUCCAACUGGAGCAUAUCGUUAAGGAGGUACGGUUUCUGGAUCACCAUCAAGAACACCAGUACGGCGUAGAGCAGGAGAAUUAUUUUGGGAUGAAUGAUUACAGUUUGGAAGAUGACGACACGAUGCAGUGUUAG